AUGCUAGAGAAUUACUGGACUACAAGGGAAUGUGAUACGCCUUCAACCAGUGGUCCUGAUAUGCCUUCAACCAGUGGUCCUGAUAUGCCUUCAACCAGUGGUUGUGAUAUGCCUUCAACCAGUGGUUGUGAUAUGCCUUCAACUAGUGGUUGUGAUAUGCCUUCAACCAGUGGUUGUGGUAUGCCUUCAAGCAGUGGUUGUGGUAUGCCUUCAACCAGUGGUCCUGGUAUGCCUGCAAGCAGUGGUCCUGAUAUGCCUUCAACCAGUGGUCCUGAUAUGUCUUCAACCAGUGGUUCUGAUAUGCCUUUAACCAGUGAUCCUGAUAUGCCUUCAACCAGUGGUCCUGAUAUGCCUUCAACCAGUGGUCCUGAUAUGCCUUCAACCAGUGGUCCUGAUAUGCCUUUAACCAGUGAUCCUGAUAUGCCUUCAACCAGUGGUCCUGAUAUGCCUUCAACCAGUGGUCCUGGUAUGCCUUCAACCAGUGGUCCUGAUAUGCCUUCAACCAGUGGUUAUGAUAUGCCUUCAACCACUUUUGGUUGUGAUAUGCCUUCAACCAGUGGUCCUGAUAUGCCUUUAACCAGUGAUCCUGAUAUGCCUUCAACCAGUGGUCCUGAUAUGCCUUCAACCAGUGGUCCUGAUAUGCCUUCAACCAGUGGUUAUGAUAUGCCUUCAACCACUUUUGGUUGUGAUAUGCCUUCAACCAGUGGUUGCAGUGGUUGCAGUCGGGGCUGUGGAUGCAGUGGGUGCAGAUGCAUUCACAGCAACGACGACGAUGAUGAUGAUGGUGAUAGACUUGAUAGAACAACGUCAUGGAAUACGACGAGCUAA